UAUUACAAGCCAUAAAAAGAAUACAAACACCAACACCAACACCAAAGUGGCUUCAAUAGUUCAUUCUCUCUUCUCAAUUCUAAGUUCUAACUUCUGAUAAUAGAGCAAUGAAAAGGGCCUCUAGCUUCAUCUUUGCUGCUUCACUAUUCCUUCUGCUUCUGGAUUGUUGCUCUGGGAGUUUUGUUGGGAUCUGCUAUGGAAGAAAUGCUGAUGAUCUUCCAACACCUGACAAGGUAGCAAAGCUGGUUCAACUUCACCAAAUCAAGUAUCUUAGAAUCUAUGAUUCCAACAUACAGGUUCUUAAGGCUUUUGCAAACACUGGGGUUGAACUCAUGAUUGGGGUUCCGAAUUCGGACUUGCUGCCAUUCUCCCAGUUCCAAACCAAUGCAGACACUUGGCUGAAGAAUAGCAUCCUUCCUUACUAUCCGGCUGCAAAGAUCACAUACAUAACCGUCGGCGCAGAAGUCACAGAAAGUUCCAACAAUGUUUCUGCACUAGUAGUGCCUGCAAUGAAUAAUGUCCUCACUGCACUCAAGAAAGCAGGACUUCAUAAGAAGAUAAAGGUCUCCAGCACUCAUUCCCUCGGCGUUCUGUCUCGGUCAUUCCCACCUUCGGCCGGGGCUUUUAAUAGCAACCAUGCUCAUUUCCUCAAGCCACUGCUAGAAUUCUUAGCAGAGAAUCAGUCACCUUUUAUGAUUGAUAUAUAUCCUUAUUAUGCUUACAGAGAUUCCCCGAACAAAGUAUCCUUGGACUAUGCUUUGUUCGAGUCAUCCUCCGAAGUUAUUGAUCCAAACACUGGUUUGCUGUAUACAAACAUGUUUGAUGCUCAGGUUGAUGCUAUUUAUUUCGCGCUGACGGCCUUAAAUUUCAGAACAAUUAAGGUUAUGGUCACUGAAACAGGUUGGCCUUCGAAAGGUUCGCCAAAAGAGAAAGCCGCCACACCUGAUAAUGCACAAACUUAUAACACAAAUCUGAUAAGGCAUGUAAUCAAUGACACCGGCACCCCUGCAAAGCCUGGAGAAGAGUUAGAUGUUUACAUUUUCUCAUUGUUCAACGAAAACAGGAAGCCUGGUUUGGAAUCCGAGAGGAACUGGGGACUAUUUUAUCCGGAUGAGACGAAAGUUUACAGCCUUGAUUUCACCGGAAAAGAUGCUGCUGUUGACUCGACUAGUGGUGCGAAUGGAACCAGAACAAGUAAUGGAACAACAUGGUGCAUUGCUUCGAGUAAGGCCUCACAAGCUGACUUGCAGAAUGCCAUAGAUUGGGCAUGUGGUUCUGGCAAUGUGGAUUGCACUGCUAUCCAGCCAAGCCAGCCGUGCUUCGAGCCGGAUAACCUGGUCUCGCACGCAUCGUAUGCUUUUAAUAGCUAUUACCAGCAAAAUGGGGCUUCAGAUGUUGCUUGUAGUUUUGGAGGGUCUGGUGUUAUAGUUGAUAAGGAUCCAACCUAUGACAACUGCAUCUACAUGAGAACCGGAAUCAACACAACUGUUACAAGUAAUACAACAGCAAUAUCUUCAACUUCAACUUCAACUCCAACUCCAACUGCAUCAUCUUCUUCUGGGAGACAAAUUUUCACAUGGAUUUCCAGCUCUCUUCUAUUAACCUUUAUCUCCCUCGUAUAGAGAAUUUUGGGAUGAUGGGAAGGUAAAUUUUAGAAGCUAUAUUAUUGUUGUUGUUAUGAUGUGUUAAAAGAAUGAAAAUUUCUUUGCUCUAUAAGUGUAUGUGAAGAGAGUUCGGCUAUUUAGAGGCCUAUGUAGGGUGGAGCAAUCUCACUCCUAAUUUUGUAUUCCGAAUGAUUGGCCUAAGCAUUGGUGUAAUUAAUUGACUUUUUCUAUAAUUUAUGUUAUUUUUGUAAUAGCA